AAAUAAAAUAAAAUAAAAAGCGAUGGGUGAGUUCAUUUUUGUUUUAUAUCCUUAAAAUCGAUGAGACCCCACAUUUAAUUCCUCUCUCUCUAUCCCUUUCUUCCUGCCCCUUAAAAACAACCAUUUCAUCAGCUCAUCCAAAUCCCAUAUUGCCAUGGGCGUCGUCGACAUGACUAACCCACCCACCAAAGAUUUCUUUGCUUCUCCCGCUCUCUCCCUUAGCCUUGCCGGGAUAUUCCGGGAUGCCGGUGCUACGGCGGCAGCUCCGACUGCGAGUGCGAGUAUGGAGGUGGAGGAAGGAGAUGAAGGAAGCGGAGGAGGAGGAGGAUCAGGUAGUAAGAAAGAUGACACUGUAGAAAUCAGUAGCGAAAACUCGGGCCCUGCAAGAUCAAGAUCCGAGGAUGACUUGCUAGAUCACGACGAUGACGAGGAUGACGCCGAUAAGUCCAAAAAGAAGAAGAGAAAGAAGUAUCAUCGUCACACCGCCGACCAAAUCAGAGAAAUGGAAGCGCUGUUUAAGGAAUCACCCCAUCCAGAUGAGAAGCAAAGGCAGCAAUUGAGUAAACAAUUAGGCCUUGCUCCAAGGCAAGUCAAGUUCUGGUUUCAAAAUCGUCGAACACAAAUCAAAGCUAUACAAGAGCGCCAUGAAAAUUCGUUGUUGAAGCAAGAGCUGGAUAAGCUCCGAGAUGAAAACAAAGCCAUGAGGGAGACUAUAAAUAAAGCGUGUUGCCUCAACUGUGGCAUGGCUACCACUGCCAAAGAUGGCUCCAUUACAGCUGAAGAACAACAACUACGAAUCGAGAAUGCCAAACUCAAAGCCGAGGUAGAAAAACUGAGAACAGUAAUAGGAAAAUACCCUCCGGGUGCAUCAACGACUGGUUCAUGUUCAUCUGAAAAUGACCAAGAAAACAGGAGUUCAUUGGAUUUUUACACUGGGAUUUUCGGACUUGAAAAGUCGAGAAUCAUGGAGAUUGUAAACCAAGCCAUGGAAGAGUUGCAAAAGAUGGCUACGGCUGGUGAACCGCUGUGGGUUCGAAGCGUUGAGACGGGUCGGGAGAUACUUAACUACGAUGAGUACGUCAAAGAGUUCUCUGUUGAAAGUUCAAGCAAUGGGAGGCCAAAAAGAUCCAUUGAAGCCUCUAGAGAGACUGGGGUUGUUUUUCUUGAUCUCCCGAGGCUGGUACAAAGCUUCAUGGAUGCGAAUCAAUGGAAGGAAAUGUUCCCAUGCAUAAUCUCAAAGGCUGCUACUGUUGAUGUGAUUUGCCAUGGGGAAGCUCCGAAUAAAAAUGGUGCUGUACAGUUGAUGUUUGCUGAGCUGCAAAUGCUCACACCCUUGGUGCCUACCAGAGAAGUGUACUUUGUCCGGUACUGCAAGCAAUUGAGUGCUGAACAAUGGGCAAUUGUCGACGUUUCUAUUGACAAAGUUGAAGAAAAUAUCGAUGCAUCCUUAGUGAAAUGCAGAAAACGUCCUUCAGGUUGCAUCAUCCAGGAUAAAACCAAUGGCCAUUGUAAGGUGAUUUGGGUGGAACACCUUGAGUGCCAGAAAAACACUGUUCACACGUUGUUCCGUACCAUUGUUCGCAGUGGACUAGCAUUUGGUGCAAGGCAUUGGAUGGCAACAUUGCAACAUCAGUGUGAAAGGCUCGUUUUCUUCAUGGCAACCAAUGUUCCUACCAAGGAUUCAACUGGUGUUGCAACAUUGGCUGGGAGGAAGAGUAUUUUGAAAUUGGCCCAGAGAAUGACAUGGAGCUUUUGUCAUUCAAUUGGAGCAUCAAGUUAUCAUACCUGGAAUAAAGUCUCUACAAAAACAGGGGAAGACAUUAGAGUAUCUUCCAGGAAAAACUUAAAUGACCCCGGUGAGCCACAUGGGGUCAUCGUCUGUGCUGUUUCUUCCGUUUGGUUGCCUGUCUCUCCGACUCUUUUAUUUGAUUUCUUGAGAGACGAAUCUCGUCGCAGUGAGUGGGAUAUCAUGUCAAACGGAGGUCCUGUACAAUCCAUUGCAAACUUGGCCAAAGGAAAGGAUCGGGGAAAUGCAGUAACAAUUCAAGCAAUGAAGUCAAAAGAGAAUAGCAUGUGGGUGCUCCAAGAUAGUUGCACUAAUGCUUUUGAAUCCAUGGUGGUCUUUGCUCAUGUGGAUGUAACUGGAAUACAAUCAGUGAUCACAGGAUGUGACUCUAGCAACAUGGCCAUAUUACCUUCAGGCUUCUCCAUUCUUCCUGACGGACUCGAGUCAAGGCCAUUAGUGAUUUCUUCUAGGCACGAGAAAAGCAAUGAUACCGAAGGAGGAUCAUUGCUUACUGUAGCUUUCCAAAUCCUAACAAACAGCUCCCCGACUGCCAAACUAACCAUGGAAUCUGUGGAAUCUGUCAACACAAUAGUAUCUUGCACAUUACGAAACAUUAAGACAAGCUUGCAAUGUGAAGAUGGGUGAUCAAAUACCCUUCUUGAUUAGGUAGACAUUAACUGUAAAACUCAUAGUUCUUUUUUUUUUCUUUCCCCCACAACUUGCAGGUUUAAGCAAUGACCUAUUUUUGUUAUGUGGGUUUGUUUCUAUUCCUUGUUUGGUUAGCACAGAUGGUUUGGACACCAGGCAUGUUUUGGAGGGCAAGCUGGAUUCAGAGAGUUUGGAUUUAAAAAUCAUUUUAGAUGUAGGAGAGUGAAAUAUUCUCAUGUAUAGAAUUACUAUUCAUUGAUGCAAUAUUGUGGUUGUCUUGAUUGCUUUACCGACUUA